AUGGCGAACAAUCUAAUAGGCCAAGACAGAAAUACAGAAGCAGCUCGUGGUAAAUCAAUCCAUCAGACUAGACCACAAAAUGUUCAGUUUGAAGAACUUCCACUGCUGCAGGACGUCCUGUACUCAAUUAUCUCCAAAUUACCACCAAAAGAGUAUGCAAGGACUAGUGUUUUGUCAAGUAGGUGGAGAUGCAUGUGGUCAGAGUGCCCUCGAUUGACAUUCGAUGCUGCCAAAAUCUGCAAUGGCGUCAGGGAUGAUCUGCACCAACAUACAGAUGAGUUCAUUCAUAAGGUUAAUGCAGUCUUGCAGAAACACCAAGGCAUGGUGGUCGAAACAUUGGAAAUCAGAAUCGAUUUCGUUGACAGCCUGAUUCAUUAUCUCGAUAAUUGGAUUGAUUUUGCUGUGUCGUCACGGACAAAGAACCUAACUUUGGAUCUGAAGCCCCUGAAAUUUCCGGGGCGUAACGACCACUAUAUGUUUCCUUUCAAACUUUUAGACGACGGAAGUGUAAGACGUCUGCAGCAUAUGCAGCUUAGCUUUGUAUUUCUGAAACUACCUUCUCAAUUCAGUGGUUUUCCAAAUCUAAGAAAGCUUUACCUACAAGUGGUACAGGCCAGCAGAAAGGAUCUUGAACAUAUCCUGUCCCAUUGUUGUAAACUUGAGUGGCUACGGAUAGACAGAUGCAAUCUCAACGAUGAACUAACGGUGGAUGGUCUGUUACCCCAUCUCCUCUACUUGUAUGUUGAGCACUGCAAAUUAACAAGGAUAAAAUUCCAUGCUGUGAAUCUAGCCACCUUCAGAUACGAUGGAGAGUUUAUACCUAUCGACCUCAACCACUCUUCCAAGCUGCAAAAUGCAUAUUUUAGGUUGAACGAGGCAGUUUCUCAGAAAGUUCUGAAGGGCCUUCCGAAUGUACAAUGUCUGACUUUGCGUAUUGGGUGGCAACAUCUUGAGAAGCAAUGGUUGUGGGAUAACCCAUUGAAGUUUCAUCAUCUCAGGCACUUGCAGUUAUUCAUGUUUUCACAUUUCGAACAUGUUGACAAGAUUCUUCUUUAUUUAAUAUCAUUUCUGAGAGCCACGCCAUUCAUUGAGAAGCUGGAGGUCCAUUACUCUGGCUUCGCCUUAUGGUUGGCCGAUGUAGGCCCUCACCGACAGGACUUUGGGCAAUGUAAAUACCUUUAUUUGAAGGACAUGUGGAUCACUGGAUUCAAAGCAGCAAGGGGACAACUCGAGUUUCUUUUGCACGUCGUGGAAAAUGCGCCUGCGCUGGAGGCCAUAACCGUAGAUACGAAACAACGGCAUUCUAUGGACUUUUCGCCAUAUACAGACAGGGGACCACCCUUUGAGGAAGCAAGGAGGAUCGCCAAAGCUUCCUUGAGUACAACAUCACUCCCGCAGAAUGCCAGGCUCCGUGUGAUUUAA